UCUAGUUGAUGAAUUUAGAAUAUUAAAAAUGGGAACAUCCGAAAAUCUGUGGUUCAUGUUUAAAAUUACCAUUGCCUUGAUGGUCCUCAAAACCACUCUUCACUGGUUUGUCGAGAAAAUUCUGAAUAUGAUAUUAUAUGUCCCAGAUGUUCCCUCACGGGAGUUGAAAGCUCCCUGCCAUAACCCACCUGGGUUGCGGAGUCCUGGAGAAUAUGGAUUUGAUUUCGAUUCCUUGGAGAUUAUCACUAAAGAUCAGGUUAAAAUAAGUGGGUGGUUUAUUAAGCAGGAAGAUCCAAUAAAGUACCCUACAUUAAUAUUCUUCCACGGGAAUGCAGGAAAUAUGGGAAAUCGUAUUAUCAACAUAAAGUAUUUUUACUACCACUGAAAAGUAAAUACUCUGAUCAUCGAUUACAGAGGGUAUGGAACAAGCAAAGGUAGUCCGAACGAAAGAGGCCUCAAACAAGAUGCUGAAGCUGCCCUCAACUGGUGUCUUAAAUCCGAUGAUGUUGAUAACAAAAAGAUCUUUAUAUUCGGCAGAUCUCUUGGAGGUGCAGUAGCCAUUGAUCUUUGCCACAGAAGACAAGAAGAUAUUGCAGGAAUUAUUUUAGAAAACACCUUCUGAUCUAUAAGAGAUAUGACUCCUGUAAUUCUACCUGUGAUGUCGAAACUUGUGAAUUUCCUGAUACCUGAUAGUUGGCCAUCUAUCAAAAACAUUGACAGGAUUACGACCCCCAUCUUUUUCAUUAGCGGGAGAAAAGAUAGCUUAAUACCUCCCAAACAGAUGGAUAGAUUGUACAAUGCUGCUGUUCGGAGCAAGAAGAAAUACUUCUUCGAAGUUAAAAAUGGUGAACACAACGAUACCUGGUGAGUCAACAUUGAUGGAGAGAACCUUUUGUCCCCUCUGCCAUCAACAAUCAAAGCAGUUUACUUCCAAAGAAUCCUGAAAUUUAUCCAAGAUCACUCAUAA